AUGGCGCCACACCGCAAGGCCCGCGCCGGCCAGCCCCAGCAAGCUCAGCAACAGCAACCACCGCCCCAGCCCUCCGACUACGAGACGGAUGCGCCGCCUGCUGUUGACGUGCCCCUCCCUCCGCCGCGGUCCAACGAGGAGCUCAACUUCUCUGUUCUUCGCCGCCAGUGUCCCGAUCUCGUCGCCAUUGAGCAUGUCACGCCGUAUGCCGCAUUGUACACCUUCAACCUCGAGACGCAGCAGUGGGAGAAGAUGGGCAUCGAGGGCACCCUCUUCAUCUGCCAGCUGACGCCGUCUCACGAGGGCGCCGAGCGGUACUGCGCCAUUAUCCUCAACCGCAGAGGCCUCGACAACUUCUACCAGGAGCUCACUAGCAGCGAAGACAUGGAGAUUUCGGAUCCCUAUGUCAUCAUUCAGGGCGACCAGGUAUACGGCAUUUGGAUCUUCGCCGACCCGCCACCUUCGUCGACUGCCAACUGCCGCAUCGAGACUGCUGCCAAGAUGAUGGCUGUCGCCGACCGGGCACGAAUCAGCCGGGAUGCUCUCCUGCCUCCGUCCCAGGCGGCCCCGCCUGGAGAAGCAGACUCAUCGGUGCCCAUGGGCCGCCAACUGUCGCUGCGCGAGCUCUUUGGCCAGCAGCGAGAACAGGAUGCCGACUUUAGCCUGCACCACCACGAUAGCCACUCGUUGCCGAGCAUGCAGCAACACCAACAGCGUCAUAUGUCGCCCUCUGUCGCUGCCCCAGCUCACACGGAUGUGCUUGGCCAGCUGUUCCUGAAGGCCAAGCAAAACCACAAUGGCCUAGACUGAUGUGCUGCUGCUCACUCCAGCUUGUUGCCAAAAUCUGUGUGCAGAUUCCAAAAUGCGCCGGCAGCUGCACUCCAACAUUCAACUGCCUUUACAUGGGACUAGUCGCUGUCUUCCAUCGUGUGCUGGCAUGUUUUACCAGCGAAAAACAAACACGUGCAGCUUUUUUUGCACAAUGUCCCAUCUGCUCAACUCCUGCACAAGGAUUACGAGUAUUGUCCAAUGGGGAAUGAAUGUAGCUAGCGAUCAUCGGGACGGAUAUUGAGGUCGGACCGUGGUACUAUAGGCGCAAAGCUCCAGACG